AUGUCCGGAAACAUUGUAGAGACUACUUGUCUUGAGGAAUUGGAACUAAGAUCUCACCGAACUGCGACGAAGUAUCUCGACCUCAACCAGCCGCGGAGUGAUGAGCGUUGGGCUCGCUUAAUGACUGUUUGCCAAGAGGUCUUCUUUCUUCUUGUUAACAAUCAGCACUCAACAGUUCGACGCAUCUUUUACCUGCACGAGAACAUCUUUAGAGCUCAGGCUCACGUUGCGGAUAGCCUAGAGGACCUCGGAUGCCUCCUUAAUUGCGCUCGAAGGGAUCUCAAUGUCCGGGCAACAGCAAAGGGCUUGGUGUACGGUCAUUUGGAGUGGCGAACGAUUGAAGCAGAUACCUGGUGCAAUUGUUUUUCCACGCCUGUCACAAUUCCUAGUGAUAUGCGUACCAUCGCGGAGAUGCGAAGCAACGCCAACACGGUUUUGAUCGUAGAGAAGGAUACGGUCUUCCAAAAGCUUUUAGAUCAGAAUGCCAUUAAGUUCCUCGACCAGAAUGGCUUGAAGACAAUUCUAGUUACUGGGAAAGGCGUUCCUGAUUUCAGUACGAGGGAGAUGCUGUGGGUCCUAAGGCACAAAGUAAUACCUAAUGCCAGGUUUUACGCAUUGACUGAUGCUGAUCCGUAUGGCCUUGAUAUUGCUGGAAUUUACGCCUUCGGUUCCUUGAGAAGCACACGCUUACGACUCGAGGUAGCUGGUCUCCGGUGGAUAGGAUUUCAUCCAAGCGAAAUCGCCGAGUUUAGAUUGGAUGACGCGCGGCGCUUACCGCUUUCCGAUAUGGACAAUCGACGUCGAAUUGCCCUUAUGAACAGGCCUUGGAUCAAAGGAAGGCCCCAAUGGCGAAGUGAGGUGGACAAGCUUGGUGAGCUUCGAUGCAAGGCUGAAAUUGAGGCUCUGAAUCAGUUUGGUGAAUUUUUUCUCCUUAAAGACUACCUCCUCACCAAACUCCUUGCGGAUCACUCAAGAAACUAA